UUUUGUUAUAAAUACGUGCUUUUAAGAUCAACCUCAAAGCCCUUCCAAAAACUCUCUUCUUUACGCUCCUCUCUCUCUUUCUUUAUCUCCCCUUUUAAGUUUUCUCUCUUUGUUUCUUGGUUUUGAUGGAGCUAGUGCACGGUAGCCCUUCUUUUUUCUCUGAAACGCCGUUUUUGGCUCCGAUUUGGCGGUCACCCGAAAGCUGUCUCCCUUUUUCUCAUGACAUACAACCUAUGCUUCCAGAAACUUCCGUCCAAAACAACCCUUCUGAUCAAACCCUAGAAUCAGCCUUUUCUCGUCUCAGUGUGUCAACUCGGGGGAAUCAAGAGUUAGGCUAUCCGGGUUUUCUUGGUGGUGAAUAUUUGGAGGGGUCUGGGAGUGGCAUUGGUGGUGGGUUGGCAAGAACAGGACAAGAGAGAAACAAUGCUGUUGAGGGUUUGAAUGUGGGUUUUGAUGGGGGGAUGAUGGUGGGCCCAGAUAUUGAUAGUUGGGAUACUUUCAUGUCUAGUUCAUAUCAACCCUCCAAAUUAAAUGGAAAUGGGUAUUUGCUUGAUUCAAGAAGGAGUGAACUUUUCAAUGAAUUCUCAAUAUUACCCUCUUCCAGUCAAAAUAGAUUCUUGGCUGGUUCUGCUGCGGCUGGUUGUUGCACAAGGGCUUGUUGUUCAAAAAACAGGAAUGUAAUGAGAUCUAGUUUUACUAAUAACAAUAAUAAUAAUCAGAAUAAUAGUAAUAGUUUUAGGAGGCCUCAUUGGUUACAGGAGCCUUUGAAUUGUUUGAGGCUAGGGGACUUGAGGGGUAGGAUUGUGGCCUUAGCAAAAGAUCAAUAUGGAUGUAGGUUUUUACAAAGGGCUGUUGGCGAAGCUUCAAAGGAGGAAAUUGAUAUGAUUUUCAUGGAGACUAUUAACCAUGUGGGUGAGUUGAUGUUGGACCCUUUUGCAAAUUAUGUUGUUCAAAAAGUUGUGGAAGUGUGUAGUGAUGAACAAAAGAAUCAGAUUCUUUUACUGGUUACUGAGGAUGAUUUUCGGCUUGUUAACAUUUGUCUCAAUACUCAUGGGUCUCGUGCUGUACAGAAAUUGUUGGAGAAACUUACUACUCAUCACCAAAUCUCAUUAGCUAUGUCAGCUCUAAGCGCUGGUGCAGUUGCAUUGACCAAGGACAUGAAUGGUCAUCGUGUGAUCCAAUGUUGCUUGAUAAAUUUCUCCGACGAAGAUAAUAAGUAUCUUCUGAAUGAGGUGGCGUAUAACUGUUAUCAAAUUGCAACAGAUAAAAGUGGGUGUUGUGCUCUGCAACAAUGUGUUGACCACUCUAAGGGAGAGGUAAGAGCACAUCUGGUUCGCGAGAUAAUAGCAAAUGCUCUACACCUAGCAGAAGAUCAAUAUGGCAAUUAUGUGGUGCAACAUAUACUGGGAUUAAAAGAUCCACAAAUAACAGAAAGUCUUCUGAGGGAGCUCGAAGGGAAUUAUGCAUCUCUUUCCUGCAAUAGGUAUGGAAGCAAUGUUGUGGAGAAGUGCUUGAUUGAAUCGGGAGAACAGCAGUCUACAAGAAUUAUAAUGGAGUUGCUUAGAAGUCCCACUGUAUCAAGGCUUCUUGUCGACCCCUUUGGAAACUAUGUUUUCCAGUCUGCUUUGUCAGUUUCUAAGGGCUUUGUCUACAAUGCUUUGCUGAAUCUGGUGCGGGUUAACUAUCCAAUGAUGCGCAGCCAUGUUUAUGGAAAAUGGGUGCUUAGAAAAUUACACAUGUACUUUUAGAAAAUUACAAAAGUAUAACAUGGGGAGAUAUGCUAAUAAGAGAUUUUCACUACAAUCGAUCUUAGGCAUUUCUUUUUCCCCUCAAAAUCUUCUACCACAUUAGGAUUAUUGUGGAUUUACUCAGAUUAUAGUUGAUCUGAUGCCUCAUAGUGUAGGAUUAUUGUUGGUGUUGUAGUUUGUAGUCUUUGUUGGCUGUCACAUGAAUCCCUGAGUUAUGCUACACUCCAUGUUUGGAUCUUGAAAGCAGCGGAUACUCUGCAGUUGGAUACAGAAAUUAUGAAACUUGAUGUAUAAUUGUUCUUUUGGGGAUUUGAAAGGGGAUAAACCAUAUUUUGAGGUUUUCCCACUUUUGUUUGUCCUACAAUGUGUAUCUAGCAUUUUUUUUUUCUUCAAGGGCAUUGAGUUAUUCUAA